AUGGAGACCCACGCCUCGUUGAAGCUGGGCUCCAGGUUCCUUCUGGGAUUUUCAUUCACCAUGGCAAGUGGUGAUUUAUGGCUUUUUGAACGAAAUGUCCCGCAGACGGCGCCAAAUGGUAGUGCAAACGACCUUGCCCCAAACUGGACAUGCAGCUCAAAUGAUCUGAAUUCGUUGAGGACUUUCGUCGAGCACCUUGAGUCCUCCAUCGAUGGAUGGGAUAUCAAUUCAUCAAAUUGCUGUGGUUGGCCGGGAAUCACCUGCGAUUUCUCCUCAUCGUCUCUCAACUCCACCGCCGUAGUAGUUACGCUCCACCUGACUCGCCAAAGGCUUACUGGUAAUUUAUCUGAAUCCUUGAGCAAUUUGGUUCACCUCAGAACCCUAAAUCUCUCCCACAACAAUCUUCAAGGCCAAAUUCCCCAAUCGCUUAUGAACUUGCCCAAUUUAGAAACCCUGGAUUUGAGCUAUAACGACCUCUCAGGCUCUUUCCCAGAAAACAUAAACUUGCCGUCAAUCACAACUCUUAAUAUCUCCGAGAAUGAUAUCACCGGCCGCGUUCCAGUUGAGAUUUGCAUAAACUCAACCGCCAUUAGAGCUCUAAGUGCGGAAGGCAACUUUUUCAGUGGAUUUCUUCCUGUGGGAUUCGGUAACUGUUCGUCACUGGAGGAACUUAACCUCGCCUCCAACUCUCUCUCUGGAGCCAUUCACGACGAUCUUUUUCGCCUCAUAAAUCUGCAAAAGCUGGAUCUCCGGGAAAAUCAAUUCUCCGGCCACCUGAGCGGCCUCAUCGGUAACCUCUCAAACCUCGUCCACCUCGAUUUAUCCUCAAACAGCCUGUCGGGGAACAUUCCGGAUAUUUUCAACAGAUUGACGCAGUUGCGAUAUUUCUCGGCACAGUCGAAUAAUUUCAGUGGGGUAAUACCAACGACGCUCUCAAAUUCGCCGACAAUCAUGUCCAUUAAUUUACGGAACAACUCCUUGAGCGGCACAAUCGAUCUCAAUUGCUCGGCGCUGGUAAAUCUCGUGUCCCUCGAUCUCGCCUCCAACCAAUUUCACGGCAGUAUUCCGGAAAAUCUCCCCAACUGCACACAAUUAAGGGUCGUUAAUUUUGCGCGGAUUACUUUUUCCGGGCAAGUCCCCCAAAGUUUUGUGAAUUUCCAGAGCCUCUCAUAUCUGUCCCUCUCUAACUCGAGCCUCACCAACCUCAGUCGAACCCUCGAGAUUUUGCAGCACUGUAAGAACCUCUCGACUCUGGUCUUGACCUUGAACUUUCGAGACGAGAUGAUGCCGAAUAAUAUCGGCCUCGAUUUUUCCGGGCUGAGAACACUUGUGAUCGCUAACUGUAGGCUCACAGGCCGUGUUCCCCAGUGGCUGAGUAGGUCCAAGAACCUGCAGCUCCUGGAUUUGUCCUGGAACCGUCUAGAAGGUUCCAUUCCAUCCUGGUUUGGAAAUAUGUCGUCUCUUUUUUACUUAGAUUUAUCAAAUAAUUCGUUAACAGGCAAUAUCCCGAUUGAGAUCACACAGAUGCAGAGCCUCAUCAGCGGCAACAACAUCUCCAUCUCCAUGGAUGAGUCCUCCUUACCCAAUUUCCCAUUAUUUGUUAGGAGGAACCAAACGAGGCUUAAAUACAGACGAGUCGUGAGUUUUCCCCCGACAUUGGAGUUGGGCAACAAUUUCUUAACUGGGCCCGUUUGGCCCGAAUUCGGGAAUUUGAAGGAGCUUCACAUUCUCGACCUCAAGCGGAAUAACUUGUCGGGACCAAUCCCGAGUAGCCUAUCCCGGAUGACGAGCCUCGAGACUCUUGAUCUCUCGUUCAACAAUCUCAGCGGGACAAUACCGUCCUCCCUCACGGCCCUAACCUUUCUCUCCACUUUCGACGUGGCCCACAAUAGUCUUUUCGGGCCCAUCCCAUCCGAAGGCCAGUUCGCAACCUUCUCAAAGUCGAGCUUUGAGGGUAACGACGGUCUUUGUGGGGCCCACGCGCCCCGUCCUUGCAAUCACGACUUUACCCCUCGCGCGUCGAUUGUCCGAUCACGAGGGAGAGAGGGCACUGUUGUUGGAAUGGGCGUCGGAAUUGGCGUGGGGAGUAGUAUUAUUAUUUUCGCGCUCGUCUAUUUAAUCUUUUGCCGGAGAAAUUUCGCCGGAGAAGAAAACUCGGAUGAUUUUGAUUUUACGGUCGACGAGAAGGAUCUCGACCGAGUUUCUAGCCUAGUGAUCCUUUGCCAUGAUAAAGGCACAAUCUGUCUCGACGACCUCUUGAAGGCCACCGACGGCUUUGACCAGUCAAACAUCGUCGGGUGCGGAGGUUUCGGGCUCGUGUACCGGGCCGUGCUGUCCGACGGGCGGAAGGUCGCGAUCAAGCGCCUCUCCGGCGAGAAUUUCCAGAUGGAGCGCGAAUUUCGGGCCGAGGUCGAAGCUCUAUCACGGGCCCGACACGCGAAUCUCGUCCCUCUCCAGGGCUACUGCAAAUACAGAGGCGACUGUUUAUUAAUCUACUCGUAUAUGGAGAAUGGAAGUCUCGAUUAUUGGCUGCACGAGAAGCCUGACGGGCUCGCGUCGCUCGACUGGGGGAAAAGGCUCAAGAUAGCAUGUGGGGCCGCACGUGGGCUCGCGUAUUUACACCUGUCGUGCGAGCCGCGAAUUUUGCACCGAGACAUAAAGUCGAGCAAUAUUUUGCUGGACGGGAUGUUUGAGGCCCGUUUGGCUGAUUUCGGGCUUGCCAGGCUUAUUCUACCGUAUGAUACUCACGUCACGACAGAUCUUGUGGGGACGUUGGGUUAUAUUCCGCCCGAGUACAGUCAGGCCUCAGUCGCGAGUUACAAAGGGGAUGUGUAUAGUUUUGGGGUUGUGCUUUUGGAGCUUUUGACGGGGAAGAGGCCGGUGGAUGUGUGUGGGCCGAGAUGUAACCGAGAUUUGGUGGCGUGGGUGGGGGAGAUGAAGGCGCAGAAAAGGGUGGCGGAGGUUUUUGACAAAUCGGUUUAUGACGAACGAUAUGCGCGUGAGAUGGUUGGCGUGCUCGAGAUUGCGUUCGUUUGUUUGAGUAAAAAUCCGAGGAUGAGGCCUUGUACGGAGAAGUUAGUUUUGUGGCUCGAUAGCAUUGGUUCGACCUCGGAGUUCCGACCCAAAGAUGAGUUUGAUUGA